AAAGGUUAUAAUCGUGCUCCUAGGUUGAGUGUAAACAUGGGAACUUUUUGAAAGCUUCUUCUGCUGAGGUAACGGAAUCAAUAUUUAGAUUUUGCAUACAAUACAAGUUUUUUUAAAGCCUUGUUUAACAUGAUUUUGUUUUAUUGUAAAGUAGAUUUAUCAAAUUUUUUGUUAAUUAACUCUUUGUUUACCUUUUUUUUACUUUUUUUGCUUCAUUCAAUUUUUUUCAAUCUUCUAAAUUGUGUUAUAUAAAGAUAAAGAACUCACGAGAGAGUGGAGAGAAGGACAACUAAUUGGAACUGACGUGACGCGGUUUAAAACGCUAAGGCAAAUACAUUCAGCUGUUCUUGUUUUUUCUACAAUUUGUUUAUGUGAAUUUGAUUUAAGUUUAUUAAAUUUUACAACCUACUGAGAUAAAGAAACUCACCAUUUAUGUUAUGUUACUUUAAGACAGAGAAAAAGAAUAAAGUAGAGUAUAUACAUAUUACAUCUUUUUCUUAUUUUCUUUUAUCUUAUUAUAACGAUCUGUUAUUACCCUUUUUAUUACAUCUCCACUCAUAUUCCUACGUUAACAGUUAUAACCAUCAUGGAUAUUUUAAACACCACCGGCUUUAACAAUUCCACGCCAAACGUUAUGAACCAAACAAACAAUGGUACAAGUCUUUCUCAAGGUUUUUCUAUCGCAAUGACUAUAUUAUUCACUGCAAUAAUUGUUACAUCUAUCAUUGCCAACGCGUUAUUAAUACUAACUAUUGUAGUAUCGAGACACCUUUACUCGAUAACCCAUGUUUUUAUCGUGAACUUAGCAAUUGGAGAUGUGAUAACAGCGUUAUUUGUGAUCCCAUUUGACGUCAGUUUUAUGAUCUAUGGCUAUCAUACAUUUGGUAUCGUGCCAUGCGGGUUUAUGCACAUUGGUUUCCUAAUGUCUCUCCCGUUAGCUGUUUUGAAUUUGUGUCUUCUUACCGUGGAACGAUUUCUUACAAUAUCAUACCCUUUCAAAAGACAUACAUAUUUUACUGCACCGAAAAUUGCAGUGAUGUUGAUAUCGACGUGGUUAUACACGCUGCUUAUCUCACUUGCGCCUGUUAUGCAUAAUAGUGACAUUUUAAGGGUUGCGAAUGGAUUCUGCGAGUUAAAUGUUUCAAUCGGCUUUACUAUAUUUCAUGGCGUACUGAAUUUUUUGAUUCCUAUUAUCGGAAUAUUAGUGUUAAACUUUUUUAUUGUACGCAUUGCGAAUAGACAUGAGCGACGAAUUCAUUGCACUAUUAAAGACCGAAAAAAACACCAGAAGAAGUUGUUGUCAUUCCGAAAAGGAGCGAAACGGAUAAUGCUACUUGUGGGAGUCUGUGUUUUCACCUGGGUAACUUUCAUCAUUCUUGUUAUAUGGAAUACGCUAUGCAAUUUGUGUCAUCCACGAGAACUCACAUGGAUCGGAAAUGCAAUUAAUUAUUCGUCUGUUUCGGUAAAUCCGAUAUUGUACGGAAUUAUAAACACUUCAAUACGGCGGGAGAUGUGGAAGCGUUUUCGCAAGCUUCUUUCAAUAAAAUAUCACGCAGAAAAUAGCACAGAAAGCUUUAUGCUCAAAUAGACCUGCCACGUUCUUCAGAUUCGUAAAAUUGAAACAAGUGGUAUCUGAAAGUAUUCUCACCGGAAGACUAUAUUUUCAAUCUGUAGCCUCUGUGACUGUGGCACUCAAUGUAUUAUGUUUUUCUAUACUGCGGCGCUGGUUUAAAUGAAACUACGAAAGAAAAUA